AUGAACUGGAUCAGCCUCCUCGUCCUGCUGACCGUGGCCAGGCUGGCCCACAGCAUGGAGUACACCUGCGGAGGGUCCUGCGGGUUCCGAGCUCCUGUCUACAACCGCAACAUUGCUUUUGACUACGGCAUGACACGCAUCGUGGGUGGCGCAGGUGCUGUGGAAGCAUCCUGGCCAUGGAUCGUCAGCCUCCAGCAUCCCUGGGCACCAUACCUAGGGCAUUUCUGUGGAGGGUCUCUCAUCACUGCAGACUGGGUCCUCACAGCAGCCCACUGCUUCGAUGAGUAUAAUAACAUCACCAUGAUGUACGUGGUGAUUGGAGCCACCCAGUUGUCUCAGCCGGGCCCUGGGGCCGUAGUGCGCAAUGUCAAGCAGGUGGUGAUACACCAGUACUACAGUUCUGCUGACUACAGCUACGACAUCGCCCUGUUACAAUUGGACUAUCCUGUCCUGUGCAGCCCCUACAUCCAGCUGGCCUGUGUGGCUGACCCUGCCCUAAGGGUCUCAGAGCUCUACAACUGCUGGAUUGCUGGCUGGGGUUACACCACUGCAAGAUCUGAACGGACAGCUGAUCGCCUCCAGGAGGCCAAGGUCCAGCUCAUCGAUGUCCAGCUCUGCAACAGCAGUGGCUGGUAUGCAGGGGAGGUGCACCCCUACAACUUGUGUGCUGGUUACCCACAGGGAAACAUCGAUAGCUGCCAGGGUGACAGUGGUGGUCCUCUCAUGUGCCAGGACAACAACGCUGAGUACUGGUGGGUCAUUGGAAUAACCAGCUUUGGAAAAGGCUGCGCCAGACCAAAGCGGCCUGGAGUCUACAUGUCCACUCAGCACUUCUAUGACUGGAUCGAGUACAACAUACAUGCUUACGCACAUCCUUCACCCUCCAGAAGCUGGAUAUAUGGUGGGGCUUCCUCAGCACAUGUCACCUCUUCUUCCUCUUCUGAAGAAAAUCAAAAGCUCUCACCUUUGGACCAGUUUGUGGUGACUUCCAAGAUCCCAGGGCAACUUGGAUUUCCUAUUUGA